AUGGCAUCACCGGGCGUCAGCUCGGAUGAAGGGGAAAUAAUUGAGGCAACUCCCCUGCCUCGCUCUGAGGAAAACGGUGAAGUUGACCGAACCGGCAGACAUCGACCUAUUCAAUCACCUUUCCCCGACGAUGAUGGUCGAUCGAGACAACAACGAAGCCAGUCGCCCCGCGGCUGGAAGAGAUCUCGGGAUGACCGCGACGGACGUGACACACGCCAAUUCCGCGUUCAUUACGAGGAAGGCUCACGCGAGAAGCGUCGUCACGGCCGCGAUCUAGACCGCCCCUCGUCUCGCGGGUCAUUUGUUCACCACGACGAAAGGGCGAACUAUUACUCUGGAGGCAGGGCUCUUCUUCCUCCACGCGCUCCUGCCAGUCGCCAGGACGGCCGUCAUCGCGACCGCGGCUAUGCCCGAAAUCCCGACGACUUUCCUGACCAACAAACCCGAAUCCGCAGUCGGUCGCCGCGAGGUCAUCGUGAUGGACAGAAACGAGAGCGCGGUGGCUUGGCCGAGUCUUACAAGUAUAGUGCCCAAGUUGACAGAGGUUCACAGCAUGACCCAAGGUCCAAGCGGGCUAUUCCGGUGGAGGGCUCUCCCAAGCAAGAUACUAAAUCUCGUCAAGGUGCUACGGUUGAACGAGGCAUCGAUGGGCUCGCCAUUUCGCAAUCUAGUGCGACUACGUCACAACACCCACAGGGAGAUUCUGAGCCUGAUCUAGACUGGGAUGAAUCUACUACGGUAGAUCAGGAGGCUGCUGUCGAGGCCGAAAUUCAGCGCCGGAGGCUCGCUAGAGAAGCUGCGUACAAGCGGGGCGUUGGCGCUGUAACUCCAACCAUCCAAGCCUUGCAGGCAAGAGAAACGCUUGCAUCGCCUACGCCAGAUUCGACACGCCAGAACACUCCAGGUCUUCUCAAAACUGAAGUCAAUACUCCGCUGUCAACUGGCCGCUCGCCCGUUGACUUUUCUCUAGCCGGGCAACAAGACGCCAUGUCCCCAAGCCUUCUUAAUUUCGUCGAUGACCAAGAUCUUGUCAAGGCUCAUGGCAACACCAAGAACGAUGAUCAAGACGGACCUUCAGCUGCUGAUUAUGAUCCAACCGUUGACAUGGAAGAGGAUGAACGUCGUGAUGAGAUGCGCCAUGGGAAUGUGGGGCUCCACGGAGAAACACGUCUUUCUCCGCCGCCAGAAAACUUUGUCACUGUUGCGGAAGAGGACGAUAACAACGACGACUUCGAUAUGUUUGCCGAAGAUUUUGACGAAAAGAAGUUUGCCCCGGCACCCCUCUCUAAUGCCGCCCUGGCUCAGGAAUCCUCGGCGCUGCAGCCCAACGCCGGCGGCGGCGGGAUCUUGGAGGGUGACGACAAACUGGGCUAUUACAAGAUCAGGCCUGGUGAGAUCUUGGAUGGUCGCUAUCAAAUCUCCACAACCCUUGGCCGUGGCAUGUUUUCGGGGGUGGCUCGUGCUACUGACCUCACAUCAAACAAAGCUGUUGCCAUAAAGAUCAUGCGCAAAAACGAUGCAUUACGAAAGGGCGGCUUUACUGAAAUAGCCAUCCUUCAAAAACUGAAUGCUGCCGACCCCGGAGACAAGGGCCACAUUGUCAAGUUUGAAAGGUCAUUCGAGUAUAGGGGCCAUUUGUGCAUGGCGUUUGAGAACUUGAGUCUCAAUCUGCGCGAGGUUCUCAAGAAAUUUGGGAACAAUAUUGGCAUUAGCUUGGUGGCAACCCGGGCCUUUGCCAGGCAGAUUUUCAUUGCGCUUGUCCAUAUGCGUAAAUGCAGCAUUAUCCACGCCGAUCUCAAGCCUGACAACAUCUUGGUGAACGAGACGCGAAACUGGCUCAAGAUUUGCGAUUUGGGCACGGCCAUUGAUCGGUCCGAUGCUGCAACGGCGUCCACUGAAAUCACGCCGUACCUCGUGAGUCGGUUUUACCGUGCUCCAGAAAUCAUUUUGGGCAUGCCGUAUGACUACGCAGUUGAUGUGUGGUCUAUUGGCUGCACGCUAUUCGAGCUCUACACCGGCAAAAUCCUCUUCACCGGCGACAGUAAUAACCAGAUGUUGAGGAACAUCAUGGAGAUCCGAGGCAAGUUGAGCCCAAAGCUGUAUCGACGCGGCCAGCUUGCCCAUCUGCACUUCGACGACGUUGGCAAUUUUCUGAGCGUGGAACGGGACAAGAUUCAGGGAAAGGUGAGGCAUUCUCCUCCUGGUUCAUGGUUGCCAAGGGCAGAGCCGUUUGCGAAUCUAUCCAAUCACCGGUGGUCUAAUAAUAUCCGAUCGGCCUGGUCCGGGUGGUGGUUGGUAAUAUCUUGA